AUGGGGUCAGAAAAUUUUGCCUCUGGUAUUGCCACGACGGAACUGCCUUCCCCUCCCCUAGAAUAUUCGAAAGCUCAAAAUCCCUCCCCUUCUGUGCAACAGGUUAAAAAAACUUCAGUAUCAGAAAAUCUGCUGCCUACUAGUUUUAUUAACACGGAUGGAAAAGUGAUACAACAAGACGUUGCUGUUCCGUGUGUUGUUCCUGCAAAUUGCCAGAAAUGUUUAAAAACUGGAAAACUUCGUCUCCAUCCUGGUUCAGGAAAAAUCGCAGUGGUUACAAAAGAAGGACGCUUUGAUUUGAGCUAUCCGGAAUUUAAAUGUUCAGAAUGUGAAGGUGUGAUGAUAGCAGCCGAGAAUGAUUUAAUUUCAUCCGGAUGGUGGCCUGGGUCACCCAAAAACAUGAGUUACCUUUUUUCAGCAGAUUUGCUGAUCAUGUGGAACCACUUAGUUCAUAAAACACCUGGCACUUCAGAGAGAAAAUUUAUUGAAACAUUUUGUGAAAUUUCCAAGCGCUUUGGUCGGUCGGGAACGAUUUGCCGCCAAACAUUUGCCAUUUCAAAUAAAUACUACCAAUAUAUGGAGUAUCUGGUUGAAGUAGAAUCAAAGCUUCGAGAGCUUUUCACCUGUACAGCCUGUGGGAGAAGACCACUGGCCAUGCACAUCGAUGGCAUUAUGAAACUGUUCCGUUGGUUGAGUUCAAAAGGGGUGGAUUGUUCUCAAUUAUUGAAUGACAUCGGUAUUGUUUCCGAUGCAGUUUUCCAAGAACACGCAGAUAAAAUAAAUCAAAUUAAACCAAAACUGGGGAAAGUAUCAAAAGAUACAUGCGGUGGUGCAUCCUAUAAAGCGGGAAAGUCUGACUCCGUUAAUGACCGUACAGGACUAGCAGAAACAGGAAUCGUGUUCUGCACAUGUCGGCAUGGUUAUCUUUUACGAGGUGUGGAUAUGGCAAAAGGAGAGACGUACCGCCAUGUCCAUUAUCUGCACGACUAUGCACUCAGAAGUGGAUGUGAAUUUCUUUGUUACGACGUUGUUUGUCAAUACUGGACUUUUGCGGAAGACCUUUCCAAGGUGAAUAACGAGUUCAAACCGCACACAGAGACUAUGAAACCUUUUUUAUCGCGAUGGCAUGGAAAAACACACGCCUGGUAUUGUCAGAUCUUGUAUAGUGGGCACUGGAUGAAAGGGGCUGAGUUAACGACAGGCGAAACCACGGAGCAAUCUAACUCGAAGAUGGCAAGAUAUGGAAGUUCGACGAAACACAUGAGUCGAGCAAACCGUCGUGAUCAUCUUACUCAAGCGAUGAUUUAUUACAACAAAGAGAAGGAAGAAAGAAUGCCAAAGCUAUUACCGAAAAUGUUGGCAUCGGCGAAAGCAAACGUUAUUCGUUAUGAAAGCGACUUCAAUCGUCUAGUGAUGGAAAGGGAAGAAAAAAUGUUGGGCGCAAAAAAAUAUCGACGAUAAACUUGCGGAGGCCAAUGCGGCGCUGAUCCGUUGUACGAAAAAAUAGAAGAAAUUAUGAAACUUGGACCUCCUAAUCCGGAGUCUUUGGCUCGAUCAAAGAAAUUGAAGGAUUAUUUUAUUCAAAUCACGUCAAUAAGAGGUAAGCUGGAAGCGGCCAAAAUGGAAAUUGCAAGUGACAUUGGCAUGAACAUACUUGAAAAACUACCAGUAAUUCUCGAGAAGCUAAAAGAAGAAGCCCGCAAGUGUAAAAACAAGAGAAUUUCCCCCAAAACCCCGUUAUCGGUUUCCCAACGAAGCUUGGAAGGAAUCCAUGUAAUUAUCAAGAACCUAAAGAAUCGUAUUGCGACACAAACUGAUUCCUCCAAACAGCGCAUCGCACUAAAAAAGGAGAUGAGAAAGUAUAUCGAAAAGGCUGGAAAGAUCAUUGAAGUAUUGAAUCCUCAACUAGAUGGGGAGGUGGUAACCAUGGAUGACUGCUACCGUGGAGUUUUUCCUUGGCAAUCUCUUUACGACAUCUCUUUCCAAGAAAAUUUCAACUUACUUGAUGCGUGGAUGCUUGCAGCCAGAAGCAAGGAAGAGAUUGUGCAGGUGGAGGAAGAAAUGAAGAGAUUUCAUUGUGGCCUGAUGGACGCAAAAAAAGAAGUUAGAAGAACAGUCCGAAAAUCUCGUCCAAUUUGAAGAUCUAUUCGUCCGUGGAAAAGCUUUUAUAAUGCGUUCCGAAAUUAGGAGAAUAAUUCGCUUGCUUAAUGACUGUCAUUGGGUUCCCGUUGAUACCAGCCCUCAUUCCAACAGCUUCGCAACACCUGUCGUAAGUGAUGAAAUUGAUGAUUGGGCUAGCGAAAGCGAAAAUGAUUGCGAUGAUGAUGACGAAAAAUCAAUUAAAGAUGAACUGGAAGAUCGCGAAGGGGAAAAUAGAAAUGAGGAGAUUGAGAGCGAGUUGGAAGAUAGUGAAGGAGAAUGCGAAAUUGAUGGCGAUCAUACAGAAUUAGAUAGCAUCAUCGACUUCCAGUUUGAAUAAAGAAUCGGUUGAAAAUUUGUGCAACACUGAAAUAAAGAUAAAUUUCAUCAA